AUGCCUUAUUCCGACGAUCUUCCGCAGACAAGAACCCCUCUGCUGGGCAACAAUGGCCAGUCGGAGGCAGCAGCUAGAAUACGUUCAACUUCACGCAGUGUUAAAAAUCAGAGUAGCAGGGCGGUGUCUUUCAUCGUCCACAUCUUCCGGGGUGGUCUCUUCUCGCCACCAACCUUGACAUACGACCCACUACUCUUGCUCCUGAAUCAUGACGACCAGGACGAAAGAAACAGACUCACUGAGAAAUGGAAGGACAACAAGCUGCAAGAGCUUAACUUCGUAGGCGUGGUAUCCGCUCUGCUCGCAAAUGUCCUCACAUCGACCGGUUCAUGGCCGAAUCUUCUGCCCCCUGAAACGACCACUCCCUGGCCUGUACGGACCUGCUGGUUCUGCGGUAUCGCUUUUGCCCUUGCCAGUGUGUUGACAGCGGCAGACCAGACAAUUCGGCUCCAUAGAAUGGCCGGACAUAGGGAUGGCUUGGUUCUCAUCAGACAGUCUCUGCGCACCCAAGAUCGGGUUUUGAUUGGCACUGAGUGGAAGUACCGCCCUCGCAAAAUGCAAGUCUACGCCUGGCAGUUGUCAGUUCUGUUCCUGGCAGGCGCGGUUCUCUGCAUGAUCUCAGGGAUGAUCUUCUUGGUUUGGAGCGCUGUUGCCGAAGACAUCGGCAGAGGAAAGGGUUUUGAUGACAACGGCAAGGUUGCUGUGAUAUUCACAUCAUUCGCCCUAAUCACAGCCAUCAUCUUCGCACUGGGUCAAACAACGCUGUACUACCCGGUACCGAAGGGAGGCGACAUUGAAGAUAGUGACUGA